AUGGAUGUCAUCAUCAUUGGUCAGGACCUCCGGAGCCAAACCUACUGGCUUGCAGCCCAACGUCAAUCCUCAAUGGUCCCUGACUCUGCCGAGUCAUACCAGUUGGCUUCUAGCCCAGCUUCACGCCUCCUCACCUUAAGGAAAAGGACCAGAGAGAGGAGGAGAAGAGAAGGGCCGGGUUGGGCUCGACUUCCGUUCCGGCGGCGCUGUCUUGGCGGAUGGACACCGCGGCUGAGGGAGAGUGAGCGCCUGAGCGAGGAUGCUGCCGGCCUGGCAGCCCAGAGGAGGGGAUGGAGCUGCUGCCUCUACCAGCUCCACCUGCUCCGGAGGAAGAACCGGGGCCCCGCGGGGAUCCCCAUCGUCCGCGCCGCCUGCCAUGGAUGGCAGGUGCCUAUUAAAUUUGGAAGUCCCUUGCCCAAGCUGCCAGGUAGUUAUCUGCCUGUUCAUUCAAGUCAAAUAAGAGUUUAUACCUCUGAUGGUCAGAAGAACAGCACAGGAGCUCAAGAUGCAAGCUCUCCAAAUCCUGAAGGCAGUGCACAAAAGACAUCAGCCCGGGAUGCUAGCAGUCAGACAUCACCUUUGCCGCAACAACCAAUUCAUGUAAAAGUGAAAGCAGUGCUCAAAAAGAGAGAAUAUGGACCAAAAUACACGAAGAAUAAUUUCAUCACUGGUGUCAGAGCAAUCAAUGAAUUCUGUCUUAAGUCCAGUGACUUAGAUCAGCUCAGGAAAAUCAGACGGCGAAGCCCUCAUGAUGAUACAGAAGCUUUUACAGUCUUUUUAAGAGCAGAUGUGGAGGCCAAGUCUUUAGAGGUAUGGGGAAGUCCAGAAGCUCUUGCUCAAGAGAGAAAAAGGCGUAAAGAAGCAGAAAUAGAAUACCGAGAGAAUUUAUUUAGAAACCAAAGAUUGUUAAAGGAAUACAAAGACUUCCUAGGAGAAACAAAGCCACGUUCUACCACAUCAACGCUGUUUCUGAGUGGACCAGGAAAAGUGGUGAUGGUUGCUAUUUGUAUAAAUGGCUUGAAUUUUUUUUUCAAGCUUCUCGCUUGGGUUUACACGGGUUCUGCAAGCAUGUUCUCUGAAGCCAUCCAUUCUUUGGUAGAUACUUGCAAUCAAGCUUUGUUAGCGUUGGGAAUCAGUCAGUCUGUGAGGACACCAGACCCAAGUCAUCCGUAUGGCUUCACAAACAUGCGGUACAUUGCCUCUUUAAUUAGUGGUGUUGGCAUUUUCAUGAUGGGUGCAGGGCUUUCAUGUUAUCAUGGUAUUAUAGGAUUGCUUAAUCCUCAGCCCAUAGAAUCUCUUCUUUGGGCUUAUUGUAUUUUAGCAGGAUCAUUGGUCUCUGAAGGAGCAACUCUUCUUGUAGCUAUAAAUGAAAUUCGAAGGAGUGCUCGGACCAGAGGUGUAUCAUUUUAUCAGUAUGUUAUGCAAGCUCGUGAUCCUAGUACAAAUGUUGUGUUGUUAGAAGACACUGCAGCAGUUCUGGGUGUGACAUUAGCUGCUACUUGUAUGGGUCUGACCUCCCUAACAGGAAACCCAUACUAUGACAGUCUAGGGUCUCUUGGUGUGGGAACUUUGUUGGGAGUUGUUUCAGCAUUUCUUAUCUAUACCAACACGGAAGCAUUGCUAGGCCGUUCUAUCCAGCCGGACCAGUUACAGAGACUUACAGAGUUGCUGGAGAGUGACCCUGCAGUAAGAGCAAUUCAUGAUGUUAAAGCUACAGAUAUGGGAAUGAGCAAAGUGAGAUUCAAGGCAGAAGUCGACUUUGAUGGACGGAUUGUUACCCGGUCUUACCUGGAGAAACAAGACAUUGAACAGCUGCUACAAGAAAUCCAGCAGGUGAAGACCCUUGAGGAAUUGGAGACUUUCAUGCUCAAACAUGGUGAAAAUAUCAUUGACACUCUGGGAGCAGAAGUUGACCGUCUUGAGAGGGAGCUAAAGAAACAGAAUCCUGAGGUGCGGCAUGUAGAUCUGGAAAUACUGUAAGCUUUGUGGAUACACCAUUUAAGGUCUCUCUUCUGGAUCAGCUGUGUUGAGGAACAGAGCAACUCCUGAAACUGGAGGGAUCUUCAGCCAUCAUUGCGUUUAACCCUCCUGAUUUUAGCGCUGUUCCCCUUCCCCUCUUCUUUCCAGAAGAUCAAUGGGUUUCUUUGGACUGGUUUCCAAGGACAGCUGUUUGCCAUCUCUUUACUUGUGAAUUUGUUGUAGAGAUGAAUAUUUUGGACUAGAAACUUUUAAGUUAUUGAAAUGUCAGUUUCUGAAAAAAUACACACUAUAUGUAUUUGCUGCCCUACUUCAACUUUUAGUAUCUUGUUUGCACAGUGAGUUCCCAUGCAGCUGCUAUUUUUGGAGCAUUUGUUAGGGAUCUUUAAGAUGUAGUCAUGACCCUGUAAAGGUUGCGUUCCUUCUUGGAUCACAUGGAUUUAGGCAUUUUUGGGAGUAACUUGUAUGAACUCGAUGAAAACCCAGUGUUUUCCCUCUGCAUUGUGAGAUGGAAAUCUACCUAACUUAGUAUAUUUCAUCAUUUCUACAGUGUCAUACAUCAGCUGCCAUUCAUUGUCCUAAAGCAAGCUGAGUUACUGCAAAGAAUGGAUGUGAGUAAAUGGACUUAACUGAUGGAUCAUUUCAUAAAUUGGCAUUGCAUCUUGGCAAACUAUGCACCUUCUGCCCUUGUAGUCCAGGCACAGUGUCUGUGCAUGUGUGUUUACUGUGGCACUGGUCUCCUAAAAGGCAAUUUCACCUCUUGGACAGAAGUUCCAAGUGUUACUUGAAGUAGUCUGGGAGUACCUCCAGGAUGGCAGCAGGCAUGUUCUCAGAAAUAAUUUAUAGACAUGGCCUGUGUCUGUUUUUCUUUUCAAAUCUUAGUUGAUUUUUUAAAUCUACUUUCUGACUUUCUAAUUGCCAACUAUGUAAUGUCUGAAUCAAAAAUAUGAUCAUCAUUUGCUAUCCUGCUUGGUUAAACAUCCAUUGUUCUUCUGAUUUUCCUUUGUUCAUUGCCACUUGCGACAUAUUUAUAGAUGCAGGGAGAAAUAAGUAGAACAUACUAGAUACUCUAAAAUGCAGUGAGAAGCUUUAUAGUAUAAGUAGGGCAAGGACCCAGAGACAAAAAAAAAAAAAAAACCUGUGCAGCAAAGCCCCUGCUCCCAAGAGGGCUUCGGGGAUGUGUUUCUCAAACAGCAAAGUGUUUCCGAAGCUGGUGUGUGUGUCAAAAGCAACAUGCUACACUCUUAUAGGUCUGCUGUUUGAAU